UUUCACCGGGCUCCCUUCAUUUUUGAACAUGUUUCGCGUAGGCUCCUGGCUCUAUGGCAAGAAGCCGGCCUCCACCCAGUCCCUGGACUCUUUGUCCGAACUGCGAGAUCUUGAGGAUGCUAUGAGGGGUAUGUCCAAUUUUCCAUGCGUGAUCGAAUCCCCGCUCUUCCGGGGUCAGUGCUAAAGGCGCUCUGCUGACUGACCGGUUGGGCCACCAGCUGCCACGUUAAUUCUCAAUGACGAUGUGGAUGGCGCCGAAGACGGUCUUUCUGAAGGAAUCUCGUCGUUUCAUAAUGUGCGUAUGCCUUUGGUUUGGACAAGUACCUGCCGAUCUUCAAAGUCACUAGCUCUGUAGUGCCUCUGCUGAUCUACAACUCGUGCCUGGUAUAUAGCUUGGCAGAGGUGUCGUUGCGUUCAUCCGGGCCACACUGGGUUUUGAACAGGAGAUCAUGCGUCAGGGUGUGUAACCAGUGUGACCACUGUCCUGUUAGUGGUGUCCUUUGAUGACUGAUGUUCUAUAGCCUCGGAGCGACUCAAUGCCGCGGAGACGAGUGCCGCCAACGACCAGCAUCGCGCGCAACACAACUCUCAUGCGCCCAAUACGUACCACUCACAAAUAUAUGCCCCCGGAACGGAAUUUGCGCUCUGCCA